AUGGAGGAGUUGGAUGAAGUUCAGAUACAUCCAGACUUCCUAGACCACAAAGUCCAAAUCGGAUCACGAUUGGACCCCGACAUCAGAACUAAACUCAUUGAUUUUUUAUCUGCCCAUUAUGAUUGUUUUGCUUGGUUCCAUGCGGACAUGACUGGAAUUGACCCCGAAGUAAUUUCCCAUAAAUUGCAGGUUGAUCCAGACUACCCACCAAGGAAGCAAAUGGCGAAAAAAGAACUUUGUUGUCUGACCGAGGGACAGUCAGCCGAAAUCUGGAAGUUGCAAGUAGAAGGCUCAAGUAACACUAGAGGAAGUGGACUCAGACUCGUCCUGACUUCACCCCAAGGUGACGUAAUCGAACAAGCAGUCCGAUGCGGGUUCAAAGCGACCAACAAUGAAGCCAAAUACAAAGCAAUGAUAGUUGGACUCGGACUAGCCAGAGACAUGGGAGUCAAAAAGAUCGUGGUCUUCAGUGAUUCUCAGUUGGUAGUCAACGAAAUGCAAGGUAGCUAUCAGACCCGGGAUAACAAGAUGACAGCCUACCUCAACAAGACUAAAGAGUUGCAGUCAUUCUUCGCCGAGUUCACUAUCAACAAAGUACCAAGAGGGGAGAACAGUCAUGCAGAUGCAUUAGCAAACCUUGGAUCCUCCAUCCAGACAACCGACCCCAAGACAAUACCUGUAGUAUAUCUCCAAUGGCCAGCUGUCAGGAAAGAUGAAGAAGAGCAAGUUAGUGACAUCUCCAACAAUCAAACAUGGAUGACUCCAAUAGUCGAGUACUUGGAGCAGGACAUACUUCCCGAAGAUAAGAAUGAAGCACGUCGGGUCAAGGCUUAA